AUGGCCAGAUCCUUUUACGGCGACGAUGAGUUUGUCGAGACCAAGCCCGGCUAUAAGAGUGAAAUAUCAAAAAGUCUAAAGGAAAAAGAGUCCUUGCAUGGCAACAUCUCUUUCGUUGAAGGAAUGGGCGUCAGAACAACUCCAUACUUGGAGAAAUUGGUGAACAGGUCAAAGACUUACCUUGAGGACAAAUUUUCCAUCUACGGAGCUGAGGUUGGGACACAGAUUUCUGCAGCACGCAAUGAAGUCAAGGCAUUUGCAACUAAAGCCAAUGACUUGAUCAAGGAGCCAGAUAUGCUCAUGGAAGUCACGUUCCCAACGUUGGUGAGUGCUAUUAUGGUGAAUAAUCGAGCAGCACCAUUGAGAAUCCUUUUUCCAAUCACGGUAUCCGCUGCUGCAUUUAGAAUUGCCAUGCCCAAGACAUAUGAGGCAAGUAGAGACAAGGUUUUGGAGUGGGAGAAAGAGACGUACCCAGAUACAUACAAGCAACAGCAAGACCUCGUACAAUCGGGAAGAGAGUUGUGGGAGCAGUUCCGUCAAGUACGUGAGCAGUCGAAACUAGAUUUGCAACAGCAUGUGCACAAUGCCAGAGUGUACUUAACAGAGGUGUUGAAGGAUGAGGACUAG